AUGGCAGAACAGAAACUCAUCCUCACAGUCGAAGGACAGGUUGAGUGUUGCACAGAUCCAAAGGCAAAUGGAUUAUUCUUCACAUACGGUUUUUCUCACGGUCCUGGGUGGUCAAUUGCCGUUGGUGCAAAAGAAGGAACCAGUCAAGCCUCAUCAAUAGACAAUAAUAACAUGUGCAUUUGGAACUACCCAUUCAAUGUUGCUUUUAAAGCUGAGAGACCUUUCGGCUGGCCUCAAAUGGUAUUUGCAAUUUACGGUAAAAACGCUUUUGGAAGUACGGUUGUUGCUGGAUAUGGAGCGAUUCACCUUCCUACAACACAAGGACUUCAUAAACUCGAAAUACCUUUAUUUGCUCCUGCAUCAACGUCUUUGAUGCAGAAAUUGAUCGCGAAAAUUACCGGACAAACAACAGAAUUCAUUAACUUAAACUUCAUUGCUGGCGGUGAAGCUCGUGACCUUACAAGAACAGAGUCUCAAGGUACAUUAAAGAUGACGUUAAACGUUCUUAUUGGGGGCACUCAAGCCUUAGACCUUAUAUUAUAA